CGCUUUUUUUCUUGUCAAUUUGCCGAAAUUUUUAUUUCUCUAUAGUAUUUUCUUUUUCAAUUAAAAAAAGCAAAAAAAAAUCUAUUUUCUCUUCUUUAAAAAUACUUUCAUAAAAGAAAAUUUGUUAAAAAAUUAAAGAAUACAAAAUGAGUUACCGUGGCAUAGGAGGUGGUGGAUAUCCCUACAAAUCCUCUGGACGCAGUGGAGUUGCUAUGAAUGCAGUUCCACCACCUCCAUCAACUUCUGCAUCAGUUGGUGGUAGACGCGGUGGUAAUAGCAAUAGUAGCAGUGGCAGUAGUUCAGAUCAAAAAUCUGGAACAGGUUCAGGUUUAUCAAAACAUGGCUACACCACAAUGGCAUCAAUAAGUCAAUUCGCUAGUACCCAACAAUCGUUGGGUAAACGAAAAGCUCACACCGAAGACGAAUACUUUGAUGACGACGAAGAGCAAACCCCUGAAUUAGCUUAUAUUCCAGCACCAGGCAGUCCAGGUGCAACAAACCGAAAACCAGUUGCUUCUGAGAGUGAAGAAGAAGAUGAUCCUCUUGAUCAAUUUAUGGCUGGCAUUGAACAACAAGUCCAAAAGGAAAAAGUUCGUUCACAAAAGGCCGAAGUAGCUCUUGCGUCAUCAAUGGAAGCCAAAGGAGUGCGUACCGAUAUCGAUGAUGAAGAUGACGAAGAGAGUUAUUACAGGUACAUGGAAGAGAAUCCAAUGGCUGGUGUUCGAGAUGAAGGUUCGGAUAUAGAAAUUGAUUAUGAUGAAGAUGGCAAUCCAAUUGCUCCACCAAAGAAUCGCAAUAUUGAUCCUUUACCCCCGAUUUACCACUCAGAAAUUGAAUAUGAGAAAUUCGAAAAGAAUUUUUAUGCUCCGCAUGAAGAUAUUGCUGCUUUGUCAGACUCGCAAGUGGCAGAUCUGCGAAGAACUUUAGGAGUUAAAGUAACUGGUCCAGAGCCACCAAAACCGGUAACAAGUUUUGGUCAUUUUGGCUUUGAUGAGCCGCUGAUAAAAGCGAUUCGCAAAGCCGAAUACACUCAACCAACUCCUAUUCAAGCACAGGCUAUUCCUGCUGCUGUUGGAGGUCGAGACAUAAUUGGUAUCGCUAAAACGGGAAGUGGUAAAACUGCUGCUUUUGUCUGGCCAAUGUUGGUUCAUAUUAUGGAUCAGAGAGAAUUGAAGGAGGGUGAUGGACCGAUUGGUCUUAUCUUGGCACCGACUAGAGAACUUUCACUUCAAAUAUACAAUGAAGCAAAGAAGUUUGGCAAAGUCUAUAAUAUCAAUGUAGUUUGUUGUUAUGGUGGUGGAUCGAAAUGGGAACAAAGUAAAGCUCUGGAACAGGGAGCAGAAAUUGUGGUGGCAACACCGGGACGCAUGAUUGAUAUGGUUAAGAUGAAAGCAACUAAUCUUAGACGUGUCACGUAUUUGGUGUUGGACGAAGCUGAUCGCAUGUUUAAUAUGGGUUUCGAACCACAGGUUCGUUCGAUUUGCAACCACGUCAGACCAGACAGACAAACCCUUCUGUUUUCGGCGACAUUUAAAAAGCGUAUAGAACGGCUAGCCAGAGAUGUCCUUACCGAUCCGGUGCGCAUUAUUCAAGGUGACCUUGGCGAAGCCAACCAAGAUAUUACCCAACAAGUAUUUGUCUUCAAUAAUCCACAACAAAAAUGGAAUUGGCUUUUGCUUAGAUUGGUUGGAUUCCUUUCUCAAGGCAGUGUCCUUAUAUUUGUUACAAAAAAACUUGACGCCGAAACAGUGGCUAAUAAUCUAAUGGUCAAAGAAUAUAACUGUUUGCUCUUGCAUGGAGAUAUGGAUCAAGCAGAUCGUAAUAAAGUCAUUACGGCAUUUAAGAAAAAAGAUUGCGAUAUACUUGUGGCCACUGAUGUUGCAGCUCGUGGUUUGGAUAUUCCGCAUAUUCGCACAGUUAUCAAUUAUGAUAUAGCCCGUGAUAUUGACACUCACACGCACAGAAUUGGUAGAACCGGUCGUGCUGGAGAGAAAGGUAAUGCAUUUACACUUGUUAGUGACAAGGACAAGGAAUUUGCUGGUCAUUUGGUGAGAAAUCUUGAAGGAGCCGAUCAAGAUGUGCCGCAUGACCUAAUGGAACUGGCCAUGAAGAGUUCUUGGUUUAGAAACUCAAGAUUCAAGAACAGCAAAGGAAAGAAAAUUAAUGUUGGUGGUACCGGAUUGGGUUACCGUGAGAGAACUGGAUUUGGGAGUGCCAGUAGUGGUCGCAGUGAACACACCGAAUCUAGGCCACCAGCCGGUUUCGUACCAGCAGCGGCUCCAUCUGCAAAGCCAGCUGGGGGACCUGCAUCAGAUAGAUAUAGUGCAAUGCGUGAUGCCUUCCGCACGCAGUACAUGUCACAAUUUAAACCAUCGUCAGAUCGCACAUGGGAACAGACAGUUCCCGAAGCCGGAGUGUUUGCUGCCCCAGCACCACCCCCACCUUCGUUUUCAUCUUCCUCCUCCAAUAGAUCACCUGCUUCCUCAACUCAAGAUGCCAAUAGCAAACGCGGAAAGAAAAGUCGAUGGAAUUAAUAAAAUAUCGAAUUGAGAAUAUCGAUACAAAAAUUUAGUCUUAUGAUAAAAUUUAUAUUAAUGUAAACGGCGUGCUCGCUAGAUGUGUACUCGUAGAUCUUUCUUUCCUAUAAUUAUUAUGCCUCUUGACAUUUAUUUCAAUUUUAAUGUAUUUGAUUGUGAAAAAUGAUAUCUUAUUUUUAAGAAAAAGACGAAGCCCAAUUGAAUGCUCGUACAUAAAUCUGGAAUGUUAUUUUUUUCAGCAGAGGUUAUCUGUUAUAGAUAUAUGCUUUGUAAUGAGAUAGAAAAACCAACAACAACAUAAAGUAAACCAUUAUGUUUAAAAAAGAAAAGAAAAAAUCAUUUU